AGUCUGGCAGACGAUUCAAGUUUCCAGCAGUUCUCGUCGCAUAGGACGCGUAGGAAGUGCCUUCUUCUGGUUUUUCGCGUUCUGACGAAGUUCAAACAACAGCCACACUCGAAGAGGACGAUUGUCAGACUCGUAAAACUACAUGCGCGAGGUGAUAAUGUGGCAUAUCGUUUGCUAAUCAAUCGUCGUUAGUUUGUUCGUGUUUUUUUUUUCUUUGCAGUUGUUUGCUUAGUUUUUAUUUGCCUGCAGAACAAUGCUAGGUAUAAGGUAUUUAGCGCUCUCAAGAAAACUGAUCGGUACGAGGUGUCCGACGACGCCGGUAGUGUUCGAGAAGUUGCCGAGAGCUCUCCGUCUAGCCGACGCCGCACAGCAAUUUCACACUACCCCGAAGCAGUGCAUCAACCCAGUCUUCCUGCUGGUCGCUAAACAGUUGACCAAAGGGCUUGCUGUCCUCAGCGGCAGGGGCUUCAGGAAAUGGUGGCGCAACCUGCCACCAAACAAGAGAGCAUACUUCAUAGACGCCGCUGUUCGGAACAGGUGGAAAAUUGCAGCUUCAGCCGGUGCCGUGUCGGCGCUGGGAGGGGUGUACUAUGUGUCCCACAUUCAGGAGACGCCCAUCACGAAGAGGAGGCGCUUUGUCGCCUUCACUCCGGAACAGUUCCAGAAGGUCUCGGACUUCGAGUUUGAAGUCCAAUACGAGCUGUUCAAGAACCACCUGGUGCCUUCGGUGCACCCCAUGUACGCACGCGUCGUGCGGGUGGCCAAUCAGCUACUGCGAGGGAACGAGGACAUUGACACGAUCCACAGGCUGACGUGGUCGGUGUCGGUCAUCGACAAUCCGAUGCAGAAUGCCUUCGUGCUUCCGUGCGGGCAGAUCUUCGUCUUUUCGGGCAUGCUGCAACUCUGCAGCAAUGACGAGCAGCUGGGGGCCGUCCUGGCGCACGAAAUGGCCCACUGCGUCCUCGGCCACGGGGCAGAACAAGUGAGUUACGUCCACCUGGUGGACAUGGUGAUCAUCGUGUUCCUGGCGGCGAUAUGGGCAGUUAUGCCGACGGACGGCAUCGCCGCGGUCACCCACUGGUUCUUCAACAAGGUCGUCAGCCUAUUGCUGAAGCUUCCAUACAGCCGAAAGUUGGAGCUGGAAGCCGAUGAAGUUGGCCUUCAACUUGCUGCUAAAGCCUGCUUUGACGUCCGGGAAGCUAGUGCCUUCUGGAGCAAGAUGAGCCUUGUGCAGAGCCAAGAAGAAAAUGUGGAGUUCCUUUCGACGCAUCCCAGCCAUGAUCGGCGGUCGGAACAUCUCGACAACCUCAUGAACAGUGCGAUCGAACUGAGGCAGCAGUGCCGCUGCCCAGCGCUGCCCCACAAGGACCCCAGGGUUUUGCUGUCUGUGCUCAAGCAAGAGCUUGAGGCAAGGAGGAGAGACCCGGGCUACAGGAAGGGCGUCGUCGUACUGCAGCGUCCCCGCUAGGUCUGCACGGUGCCUCUUUCAGUGUCUACAAGUGACCUGGCUGGCUGUUAAAUAAUGUACGAAGGGUCCGUUACGGCAGCGAAUUGUGAUCUUUUGGCGGUGCUGCGACACUUAGGACCUACAACUUUUCUGUGAUGGAUAGUAUGAAGUUUAACUCUGGUGUAGUUUUAUGUCCCGUUUUUAGUGCGAGCUCACACGUAUGGCUGCAGCAUGCGGUGUCCAGGUGUGAACAUUUGUACUGGUGACUUUGGAUAGCCUUGAAUGAAGGGCUGAAUGAAAACCCUAAGUGGUAAAGAAAGUUGUCGUAGUGCUUUACAUUUAUUUUUGGCAGAUUUUUACGAAUGAAAUGGAAUGCUUUUUUUAACUUAACUAUUGAUGUUGACAGUAAAAGUACAGAGAUAUUUGCAUUGUGUGAA